GUAAGUUCCCACCUUCCAUAUCAUGCAUAGCUGAUUCCUUACUAGUAUUUUCAUUAAAAUAUUUGUUUCCAAUACAAUAAAGCCCAAAAGUUGUAAAAAUGCGUUACUUUUUAACAUAUACUGCUAGUGUACUUUCCACUUCUGUUAUUUCUAUUUUUGUUAUUUACUAUCUACUUACUGGAAAAGGAGAACAAAUUAGCCCAGCAUGGUUCCUAAACAAUGUUACUCCAUAUAUGUGGGCAUCAAUCGGAAUCGGUUUAUCCGUUGCAUUAUCAGUGGUAGGAGCUGCAGUAGGUAUUCACGCAACUGGUGUGAGCAUAGUAGGAGCAGGUGUAAAGGCCCCCAGAAUUAAAACCAAGAACUUGAUUUCCAUCAUCUUUUGUGAAGCUGUGGCAAUUUACGGGCUUAUCAUGGCUAUAGUGCUAUCCAGCAAUUUCAGGGAAUACAAACUGGAAGAGUACCUCGUUAGUGAAGUUAUUGCUUCAAGAAAUCAUGCUGGAGCCCACAUCAUUUUUGGUGCAGGUGUUACGGUGGGUUUUGUGAACCUAUUUUGCGGAGUUUGUGUUGGAAUAAUUGGUUCUGGUGCCGCUCUAACAGAUGCUGCAAACGGUGCGCUUUUUGUCAAGAUUUUGAUUAUUGAAAUUUUUGCCAGUGCUAUUGGUCUGUUUGGUCUCAUUGUAGGAGUUUUUUUGACUUCAAAAGGAAAUAUGGGCUAAAAAGCCAACGUUUUCAAAUUAUCUUUUGGCUCUACUUGUAGUUUCUGUCGUAAAUAUUUUGUAAAUAUUUUCUUUCAAUCUAAUCCUGUAAAAAGUAUUAUAUUUUUAUCAUGUAGGUAUAUAGGUUUGU